AGGGCCUAACUGACUUGAUCGAUUUCUCUUCGUCGACUCUCUCUUGCGCUAAUAACUUGAUCAAAACAAACAAAAUCAUUAUUCUUUUUGUUUCUAGAGCAAGAUGUAGUCGUCGUCUUCGCAUUUCAACCAAAAUAUCUUUGGAAAACUUAAUACACAUUCUGUGAUAUCAUAAAGAGAGGAUCGAUGAAGAGAACUCGAAAAUGUCAGUUAGGCCCAAAUGAAAAAUCAGUGUCGAUAUGUUGCCUUUUGUCGAUGUACAAUGCAACACUUGCAUUUUCUUCGGAAAGCAAGUUAUAAUAGGUGAUAAUUAAAGCCAGUCAAUCCAUUUUUAAGAAACAUCCACUCAGUCUGGUCAAGGAACUAAAAGCAAACAUGAACUCGUAUUACAAUAGUGAAAUGUGUUUUCUUUGCAACUCUAAACCCGUAAAUCACCAUUGGCCACCAAAUUCCGAAGCAGAUUCCAAAUCCAACAUCCAUCGCAUCAUUUGUAUGCAUUUUUGGUUUCAGGAGCACGAUCUACUAGAUGUCUUAGUCUGCGAGAUAUGCUGCGACAAGGUGAAUCAAUUCCAUCGUUUCUACCAGGAAGUGAGAGAACUUCACGACCGGUGGAAAAUCCAGGAACCACCGCCCCUUGUGGUUAUCAAACAGGAGCAGGAGCUUGACAUCGAGGACGAGUAUCCGAUCGAGGAGACUGAGGAGUAUGCGGUUACUGCCGAGGGCGUAAAACUGGAGGUUGCAGCUAUCGAAACCGAAGAAACCUCCGAAGAAACCGUUGACCAGAAGUCGGAGGAUCAAAAGUCGGGGGACCGAAAGGCGCACCGAUUUCGAAGGACGUUGAAAACACGCUCCCGAAAGGCAGAGGACGACGUCAUCCAAAGGCACACGAAGUACGCGUGCGAAGACUGCGACGGCCUCCAGUUCGACAGCUUCUGCACGGCCAUCCGGCACCGAAUUCGGUCGCACCGGCAGGCUUCGGUCAAGUGCUGCGGUCGACAGUACUCGACACGUGCCAAGCUGUACCGGCACGCGUUGAAUCCGGGGCCGUUCAAGUGCGAUCAGUGCACCAGGGUGUUUAAGUUUUUCACCGGUUACCUGCGCCACAAAAAAGACCAACACACGGACGAGAGCGAACUGAUCUUCAAGUGUCAACACUGUCCGGAAAGUUUCGCCCAAGAAGAGAAGCUGAAGCGCCAUCUGGAGGACAACCAUGAGCCGAAAAAGUGCGAUGCCUGUGGGAAGCAGUUCCGAAAUAGGAUUGGCUUGACCCGACAUACGGUAGCCGUCCACAGGGAUCCAAACAAUUACGUUUGCCAGAUUUGUUCUAAGGGCUUCUAUAGGCGGAAGGUGUUUAUGGAACACCAGAAGACGCACGAACUGACGCCGGACGAGUUGAAGGAACAGUGUAAGAUUUGUGGCAAGUGGCUGAAGAAUCAUUCUACGUGGCUGAAGCACGUGCAGUGGCAUCAAUACAAAGGCCAGCACCAUUGUGACCAGUGCGACUACGUGUCGGACAAUUUACUAUCCCUGAAGGCGCACAAGAGACGACGUCAUGGUACGGAGAAGAAAGAACAUCGCUGCGAGUUUUGCGGAAAGGCAUUUGCGUUGGCGUUAUCGUUGAAGGAACACGUGGCGAGUGCCCACACGGGAGAACCGCUGUACAAGUGCCAGUACUGUGAGAAUGAGUUCUUUUGCAAUUCUGCUAUGUACGCGCACCGGAAGAAGGAUCACCCGCGGGAGUGGUUGCAGAACCACGCAUCGCAAUCUAGACGUAAGGCCCGCCCUCCUGUUAUAGUAGAUGUAGAGGCCAGCCCUCCCUUCAAGCUUCCAAUGAGACCCAGUGAUUAAUAGAAAUUUCAGGUG